AUGUCGAUACUGUGGGAAAAGAGCGAGGCAUGGAGGUGGAUAGUGAGGAGGACAAGAGACUCAAAGCCAUUCUUCUUCGCAUUCGCUACAGUAUGCGGUGUCGUUCCAGGUGUGAUUGGGUAUUUCGUGAUGCAGACCACCAACGCCCGCAACCCUGAGCUCGAAGCUCGCCUCCGCCAGAACGCCCGUCCUGAUUCCCUUAUGAUGGGUAAAGUUAAUCGAGAGAGACUGGCAGAAUACCUUGGGGAGCUGCAGCGGAAAGAGGAUACAAACGAUCGCUAUGUAGCUGCUCUGAGAGGGGAGACAUUGACAAGAAAACCAUACGUGAGAAUUCAGCCAAUACCUAAGCAGAAUAACACUGAAGCUGACAUGGAACAGAAACUUGAUAACAAUCGAAAGAAGUAG